UUAAAUACCCCAUAAAUAAAUUGAUUAAUUAGAAUUUUUUUAACCACUGAAGAGUAUUUGGAAUCAUCGGAGAGGCUACAUAUCCACACCAACCAAAAUCUCUGGAUUCUCAAAUCUCUUUUCUCAGUUAGCUCCUUCCUGGGUCUAUGCACCUCCUUUAGUGCAGGGAUGCUAGGAAAGUCACUUGCUUCUCCUUUACUGACCUACAAGUAUGCACCACGGACAGUCUUUUCGACAACUGAUGUUGUAACAGGCACAACCACAGGAAAUAUUGCAUUGCUCAAUGUAAAUAGUCAUUGUCAGAAUGGAGUCAAAGUCUCUUGGACAUCGUGUUCUUCAAAGAAAUGGGUAUUAAAGUCAACUGCACAAAUUGAGAAUAUGAUCGUAACUGAAGAAGAUAAAAAGCAGUGGGAAGCAUGCAGGGAAGCUCUGUGUACAUAUAAAUUCAGCAAUGAGGAAGCAGAUAAAAUUCUUGGAAAAGCUUUUGGCCAGAUACACUCGCCUUACUGGGGUGAAGAACGCAAAAAGGUUGUUCCGAAACUUGAACUUGUGAAUGAAAUUUUGGACUACUUAAGAAAUUUGAACCUAUCAGAAGAUGAUCUCGCGAAGGUGCUUAAAAAGUUUCCUGAAGUUCUUGGAUGUGAUCUAGAAGAUGAGGUAAAAGUCAAUGUGCAGGUUUUGGAGAAGGAAUGGGAAAUCAAAGGAAAAACUCUUCGAAACCUUCUUCUUCGAAAUCCAAGACUAUUGGGUUACAACAUUGACUGCAAGGGAGAUUGUGCAGCACAAUGCACGCGAUGCUGGGCUCGUUUUUAAGCUAAAUCUAAAUCUCUUUUGUUGAGGGAAGUUUUUGCAACCAAUAAUAAAGCAUCAACAUAUGUAUAUUUAUGUAAAAGUGACUCACAUGUUCAAAUCCUACUUAGCUGGUAUAUGGAUUAAUAUAUUUAUACCGAUUUAUUCUAUUCAACAUUGUAUUUUAAUGGUUCCACCAUAAUACAAGUUGAAUUGCUUUGUAAUUGCCACUCAAACAAUUUAAUGCGUUAAAAAAUAUUAUUGCCAGUUUUCAAUA